UAUGUGUUUAUAGCAGUUGCCUUUACUUUAGUUGUCCUUAGCCGCUGUUUCAGGUACGUGUUAAGGUUCACGUCUCCAAGAUGGCGGAUAAGUUCGAUGAUGAAGCACCUGUUAGCAAGGUAGAGUUGAUGUACGACAUCGCCGCGGCAUCUGCGGCUGAACCUUUGCGAUCAGGUCGUCAGCAAUCUGGCUCGCCUCGCAGUGAAGCUGCGUCUUCUUCAUUCCACCAUGGUGAUAAGUUUGAACCUACUGAUGGUAUUGACACGAUUGAUUAUGGAUCUCUCGGUAUAUUGAACAUAGAGUGCGCAAAGUCGCUUCGUUGUGAUCCCAGUGUACCGUUAAAGUCACGUCUUAAGCUGUGGCAUGCUAUGUGUCCUACUGAUUUUUCUAAUCUUCUUGGUAGUGCUGGUGCCAAGGAGAGCUGUUGUAUAGUUCAUGCUGAAUCCCUUAUCGUGCAUAUAGUUUGCAGUGCGGAGAAGGAGGGUAAUGUAUUGCUUGACUUUGCAAAAGGCCCUCAGACACUACAGUUGAUAUACCGUGUUGAGCGUAUUUUGAGUGGUAUCAUACGCUGUGGUGGUACUUUUAUGUUAGUGUUUUUUGACGUUUUUAGGAAAUUGUUUGACCCAGGAUAUGGCCAUGCCGGUGAGGAUGGUGAAGAUCAGCAUUUCUUUGACGGCUACUUGUUAUUGCGUGAGAUUUUGCUUACUCACGUCGUUUUAAAUGGCAUAUCUCAUAUGGUAUUUCGUGACUGGUAUGAUCCAGAGUGGGUUAGUUACGUGGACAACAACGAACCAGCAUUUAUAAUGAUAGAGGAUGGAUCCUCAUUUUUGUACAAGCACCGCACGUUGUAUGAGAUUGUGGACACUACAUCCAGUUCUCCUUUGAACGAGCCCAAUGGCGAGAUUGUGGCUGAUUUUGAGGUUCAGCAGAGUUACAUGGAUAGGUUUACUUUUGCCACUCAAUCUUUGGCCAUGCACAGUCUGUCGAUUAACUUAUGUGUAGCAUACUUUUUUGAGUUAGGCCCAUUUGCCCACAAUUUCAAGGCGUUCAUUUCAUUUCCCAGCAAUUGCUUGCCUCCUACUCAGUUUAUCGAAGAGUUAGAGUCGCAAUUCAUGCUGGAGUACCCGCUUGAGGAGAGGGUUGAUGCGGAUGGUUCCGGCACUGAGCUUGUCCAGCAGAUAAUGUCUGAUCUUGGUACAUUGGGCAUUGAUUGUCGACUUCGUCACAUAGUAGCUUGCAAUUACCUAAGGAGUCUGAUUGAGAUGAAGCCUGAUGCUGAUGACGAGGUUGACGAAGAUACGGCACUAUAUAUUGACAGCUGCGAGCUUACUUUUAAAGUACUUCUUAUCCACAAUCAUUUGCUCGACUUACUUUCACUUGAGGACAGAUGUACGCUGCGUCUUGAUGCCGAAGGUUGGGAGUUCUUCAGUACCUAUAUUGCUGCCACGUUAGAUUUUAUGACUUCCACUACAGUCCCAGUUUUGUGUGGGCUGAGCAGUGUGGUAGACACGAUGGCAGACUCCCGUCGUGAUGCGGCAGAUUUAUUUGAUGGCAAUCUCUUCACUUCUAUAUUGCACAGCAUGGCCAUAUAUGCUAGUGACCACGGUAACAAAGUAGACCUGGAUUGCUUUAUGUUGGAUAAAGAAGUGGUUUCUCAGAUGGAUCGCAUGUACGCUCACUUUUCUCAGAAUUCGGGUGCUACUGUAUUUCCCAUUGACAUGUCACCGUUUGCUAGUUGCGGUAUAUACGACACUGUAGGUACUGUGGACAGCCAUAGCGGUGCGCAGGAUGGUGUGUUGAACGUUGACAACCAGUUUGUGAACAUGUACUUCGGUCUGACUGAAGACAAGGUUAUAAAGUUUUAUGAAGGUGACAAUUCACGUUGCAUGGAGCGUUUCGCUGCGUUGCAGUGGCGUAAUCCCGCACUAAUGUCGGAGAAGACGGAGUGCAUCGAUUAUUAUUUCAAGGUUGAGAAACAAGACAAGAUGGCGUUGCUGCCCAAUCGCAGUCAACGUCAGGAGCAGCGCAGCAUGCAGAGGCAGAAUGCCUUUUCGCACUUAUUAUCGCGUUACUUGGGUUCGAAUAACUUGCAUCACCCGAUAGUCCCCAAACUGGAGCACCAGUGGUUAGAUGUUAAGCAACGUGGCCUUGAGGAGAAUGCCGAUGCCUCUGCUGCAGCUUCCGGUAAGAAGGACGCUAAAAAGGUCAAGGAGUCCAAGAAGGACAAGAGUGCUAAGGAUGCUAAGAAAGACAAGGGUACGAAAGUGAAGACAUCGGCGAAAGCUGAGCUUUUGCGUCAAAAGCACGCUGCAGCUCAGGAAUCCAAGAGUCGUGAAGGUGAUCUCAAGACAUUUGAGCGUUUAUCAAGUCGUCUGGGAUCCAUAUUUUCAGCUGAACAUGACUUUGACUCUAUAUACACCAGCAUUCUUGAUUACACUUCUGGUCCAAGCCGUGCUGUUGACCUUGUUGGUGACUUCAAGUGGCUUAAAGGCAUGAUCAGUACUAAGCCGAUUCAGUUACAGUUUGUUCGUGGUAUGUUGGAAAACCUGUUGAAGACCUUUGAUGGUUAUCGUAUGCGUUCCUUAAACAAGAAAGGUGCUCGUGCUUCUUUUAGGCGCACUAUUUGCAUGACAAUUCGUUUGAUUCAUGAUUGUUUCAAGGAAUUUAAGUCACUUAUCGAUGGCGAGACUAUAACCCUGCUUCAGCGCUUUUUAUGUAAGCUUGGGUUGUCCAGGAGUGCUGCCAACCUGUUUAAUGAGUGGCUCAAGCUUAACGAUGAUAAGAAGAACAAAAAGUUCAAGGUGGAUUCUGAUGAGCGCUUUGAAUAUGCUUUACGGGAUGGUAUGGAAUUUGACUUCCAGUUGGCUUACAUGGGUGAUCUCAUGGAGCGUACUUUGGGGUCUACUGAGGACCCUCGUGUUUUGUUUAAGCCUGACGCUUGGCAGAAAAUACUGCUUGACACGGUUGAUAACCGUGAGUCAUCAUUGGUUGUAGCUCCUACAUCUACUGGUAAGACAUACAUUUGUUACUAUGCUAUGGAACAGGGUCUUCGUCUGGAUGACGAGGGCAUUGUUAUUUACGUAUCGCCUAACAAUGCGCUUGCUUUACAGGUUAAGUAUGAGAUUACAGCGAGGUUUUCUUCUAAGAACUAUAGUUCUCCGUCGUGUGCUGCUGUUCUUAGUGCUACCUUCUUGGAUAACUUCCAUGAUCCCAAGUGGAAUUGUGCUCAAAUUUUGGUUACAGUGCCAUCUAUCCUUGAGCAGUUAUUGGUUGCCAUGCGUUCCAGUGAACUCGGAUACAUUAAGCGCAUUGAAUACUUAAUUUUUGACGAGAUCCACUGCAUUUCUGACGAGGAGAUUGGUCCUUUUAUGGAGCGCAUUAUUCAUUUAAGUGCUGCACCUUUCAUGGCUCUUUCUGCUACAGUAGGCAAUCCAUUGGAGUUCCAUGCUUGGUUGACCAAGGUUGAGCGUACUCGUCGUAAUUCAGCUACAGCCAAGGUGCAUUACAUUUACUUUGACGAGCGAUACUCUGACCUUAAGCUGGAGUGCUAUAGUAACCGUCAUCUAGUCCCUCUGAACCCGGCUACAUGUUUAUCCUAUCACAACGUGCUGCGCACUGGUUUCCCCAGGGAUUGUUAUUUACGACCUCGUGAUUUAUUUGUUUUAUCUCGUUGUACUGAUUAUGUGAUGGGUUCGCGAUGCUCUGAUAUGGCUUAUCUCUCGCCUGCUGAGUACUUUAGGAACACUCCUCUUAUUACGAAGAGGCAAUAUCGCUAUUGGUUGCAGACAUACAUCACUGAAUUCGCACGUCAGGUACAAGAAUCGGUAAUAACAGCGGACGACUUCCAGAAGAUUAUGGAUUGCCUCAAAUCGUUGAAUGUAUCGGUAUCACCUGGCGAUGCUGCCGCCGCUGACGAACCUGAAGAUCACUAUUUCCGUUUAUAUCCAUUGCUCAAACCUAUGGAUCCAGUUGUUGAUUGUCCUGGGAAUGAUGCGCCUAUAUCUGUGCAAUCUCGUGAUUACCUGGACCCUGCUGAGGUCAUAACGCUUUUGAACACUUUAGAGCAGACUAAGCGACUGCCUUGCCUCGCUUUUACCUUUGAUCGCAACCACAUGGAGCACGUACUAGUCUCUGUUACACAACUACUUAAGCGCAGGCAGUGGGAGAAGUACUAUGGCACUCCGGAGGCCACUGCCUGGACCAAUGCUGAGAAUAAGCGCCGUGUGGAUCACUACCAGAUGUUGAUGCGUCAGUAUGAGGCUGAGAAGAAGAUGCGCGGUGCAAGCCGCGAACAGAAGGAGGAGCAGGGUAUCGGUGGCAAAGUUGAGGAGUUCAUCGAGUUGCCUAAGGAGCCUGUUGACGUCGCUGAGGACUAUGACCCUGAAUUCAACUACUACAACCGGAAGAUUUAUGUGAACUAUACUGAAGAAGUGGAGAAUUUCAUUAAGGUCGCUGCUGCAUCCAUAAGUAACCGUAAGCAGGUUGACACCUUUGUGGAGGCGUUAAGGCGCGGUAUUGGUAUCCAUCACGAGGGUUUACCACAUAAAUUCACGAUGUUAACAGAGACUCUAUACAGGAUGGGUUUCUUAAAGGUACUUUUUUCCGGUCGCAGUUUAGCAUUUGGUAUUAACGUACCUUGUAAGAGUGUCAUAUUCAUGGGUGACAAUUACGAGUUGACUCCCUUAAUGUACAAACAGAUGAGUGGUCGUUGCGGUCGUCGUGGUUUCGACUUGUCAGGUCAUGUUGUUUUUUGGGGUUUACCAAUGAAGCGUAUUCGUCAGUUACUAACGGCUCAGCUUGGUAAUCUUACUGGAUACGCUUCUUGCAGUCCCACUGAGGUAUUGGCUACUUUAUCGGCUUUUAAUAGUCUCUUGGUAUCGGUUCGUUCUAGGCCUCCUCAGCCUAAGGUCAAUUCCAAGAUUAGCACAACCGACGCCCGUGUACGUAAGACCGAGAUUAUCACUCGUAGUCGUGAUUACGUGGUUGACCCUCGCAUUAUUGUUAAGCGUUUGGCAUCUAUGUUUAUUCACCCUCUGAAGCCACACUCCGGUUUCAGUAAGGAUGAGGUUAUCGUAUUCCGUGCUUGCGUGGAGACACUUUUCGAGCUUGGUUUUAUUGACCGUCAUGGUUUAGUCAGCGGUUGUUGUGAGCUUGCUUUGUUAACUCGUGAAUCUCACCCAAGUAACAUGUUCCUAGCUCACCUUGCUCAGAUGGGAAAGCUGCAUGACUUGACUCUGUCUACAGGUAGUGACUCUGCUGACAAGUUGAUGGAUAUUGUUGCUCGCUUUGCCUAUAAGCGCCAGCAGUUGGGUACCUGCGUGACUCUACGACGUCUACUACCGCAACGCGUGCGUUGUGGAGCCAAGUACAACUCUAGGUUAGUAUCUAACUUAAACCUCAAGGAUGAGGGAUCGCUAAGUGUCGAGCUGUUAUACCCUGAGUCGUUCCCGCUGUUGCCAUCAGCACGUGGAGAGGUAAAGGACCUCAUAACCGUGUACAAUGCCCAGAUCCUUGGCAUUCUAUCUAAAUAUCAGGCUAAACUUGAGCCCAUGCAGCCCACGUUGCCAUUGAGUAAGGUAGACUUUUGCACAGGUACCAAGGUGGUAUCUAGUUGGUUUAUGGAAAAACGAGGUACUACUAAGUUCCAGAGCCUGGCAUCUCCUUUUGUGGCUAUUAAUGGACUACCUGGCAAUUUCUCUUCUGCACGUGAGCUUUGGUUAAGUUCUCGUGCUUGUUCUGAUAUAACGCUUGACAUGGUGCCUACUAUAGAGUCUGUCGAGGUUGAUGUUGUUCAGAUGGACCCGCAUUACAACGUCCUAAAUCGUUACGGCAUGACGUUGGAUAAUUCAUAUAUCAUUGAUUAUUGGACUCACGGUCGUUUUUCAGUGGUACGUGACGUCAAUGGUUUGGGUCAGUAUGCUUGGUUCGACUUGCGCAAGAUUUUGGUAUUGCUGAAGUUGGCCAAGUUGACUUUGAACGGUUAUACUGACGGUGGCGUUCGUCAAGAUUCGUUAAACGACGCUGUAGUUCACGCAUUGGAUCGCUUUGAGUCUGUGUUCAACCGCAUUUAACUAUGGUUAUAUCGACCAACACCAUUUCAAUAUAAUACGCUUCCUUUAUUAGUCAUACAAACAGUAAUAUGCUCAUUAGUGUAGCAACUAUGAUUUAAUC